UGGUGACGGAGGUCGUGGAGGCGGGGGCAAUUGUUGAAUGAAGGUUAUUUUCUGGUUUUGCACAGAAAACCCCGGUUCGAGAGAUUCACAUAUUCCAAUGUAACAUUAAAUCCAUGAAAGAGGAGGAGCCGACACUCGUUUGUUUACAGAUUAGGCUACACGAUGUGGACAGCGGUGACUCUGCAGCGCGAGGACGAGAUUGAGUUGAGGUUGGCGAGCAGCAGACGUUUUCACAGGUUGAUUUACAUUUUUCACGGAGCAGGAAAGCAAAAGUGAAAUAUUUUCUGGCGUCAUCAUUUCCCCUGUAAAUAGGCUUCGUGGACACCUGCUUUAAAUCAUGAUAAAUAAAUAAAACGUGCCUGACCUUUCACUAUUACAACCGAUUUUAUAGCAGCACUUCAGCACUUCGGAUACUGAACUUGGUGCUGUGACUUGACUUUGCCUACAAUUACUGGAAGAACAGAGCAGAAAGAAUCCUACUUUUUAUUUUCUAUAGACAGACCUUGUCAAUCAAUAGGCUACUGUCGCUGUCUGAUGCAUGAGCGAUGCACCCAGAACACAACAGUAACCCCUCUACUGGACAGGAUAAAAUGGGGGUCAACGGGAAAGGAGAAAAUCGGACCGAGGAGGAAAUAUCGAGCGGCGAGCCGCCGACCGAAAACUGUGAUGAGGCUACUGCUGACUCUGAAAUUGAGCAAAACGGUGGUUCUCCCCAAGACCGAGAGAACCAGCAAGCACAGAAGAACCAGGGACAGGACCUGGGAGAUAGCGAAUGCAAGAUUCCACACGAGGACAGUACUAUCCAGCUCAUCGAGGCUGGAUGUCUCGAUUGUAAACCCGGUGUGUCCCCGGAUCCUCAGUCCCCGGCACCGAUGCCAGGGCAGUGCCCCGGGUUCGUCCCACCCGAGGGCGGGUUCGGCUGGUUAGUUGUUUUCGCUGCUACCUGGUGUAAUGGAUCCAUCUUCGGGAUACAGAACUCCUUCGGUAUCCUCCACAUGAUGCUGGUGAAAGACCACGCAGACCCCAAUGACAAUACGUCGCAGUUUAAAGUAGCCUGGGUGGGGGCCCUGGCGAUGGGCAUGAUCUUCUUCUGUUCCCCGGUGGUCUCCAUGUUCACCGAUCACUUCGGCUGCAGGAAGACAGCUGUGGGCGGGGCCACCGUGGCCUUCAUCGGACUCCUCAGCACUGCCUUCGCAAAGUCCCUCAGCCUGCGGUAUUUCACCUAUGGGAUCCUGUUUGGAUGUGGCUCGUCCUUUGCCUUCCAGCCCUCCCUGGUGAUCCUGGGCCACUACUUCCGGCGGCGGCUUGGCCUGGCCAACGGCGUGGUGACGGCUGGCAGCAGCCUGUUCUCCAUGGGCCUUCCGGUGCUGCUCACCAAGGUGGCGGAGCCGCUGGGCCUCAGAAGAACCUUCCAGAUCCUCAGCCUCUUCAUGCUGGUCCAGGCCCUGCUGGCCCUGACCUUCAGACCCCUGCUGCCCCAGAGAGCUCCAAUGGGACCACCAGGACCAGGGGGCCCUGUCGGGUCAACGCCUCAGCAAGGAGCCACUGCCCGGGGCAGCCGCUGGAGCAGGGCGCUGAUCCAGGUCAGGAAGGCCUUUAACCUGAAGGUGUUCCACAUCGUCACCUACCGGGUGUGGGCGUUCGGGGUUGCUACGGCCGUGCUGGGUUACUUUGUGCCCUACAUCCACUUGAUGAACUUUGUAAAAGAGCAGUUCAAGGAGACACAGAAAGAGUGGAUCUUGUUGGUGUGUAUAGGAGCCUCAUCUGGCGUGGGGCGCCUCCUCUUCGGGAAAGUAGGAGACCUCAUUCCCGGAGCCAAGAAGAUCUGGAUGCAGUCGGUGUCGUUCAUGGUGCUGGGGCUGAUGUCCAUGAUGAUCCCCCAGUGCACUGUGUUUGAGGGGCUGAUUGUGGUGUGUGUGUUCCUGGGGCUGUGUGACGGCUGUUUCAUCACCAUCAUGGCUCCCAUAGCCUUUGAGCUGGUUGGCCCCAUGCAGGCCUCCCAGGCUAUAGGAUACCUACUGGGACUCAUGGCCCUGCCCAUGACUGCAGGACCCCCCAUCGCUGGACUCCUGCAUGACUACUGUGGUGAUUACAAUGUGGCCUUCUACCUGGCAGGGGGCCCUCCCAUCGUGGGGGGCAUGGUGCUGUUCUUUGUGCCCCUGAUACACCGACGGCAGCAGAGAGCCCUUGAGGGCCAGGGUGGGGGGCCGGAGGACCCCAGCACAGAUCACAUGCUGCCCACGGCAGGAGGCCCCAAGGGCUGCUCUAACGGGGAAAUGCUGCCUGGAUACACCGACGUGGAGACACACAUUUGAGUAGCACUACACUAAGGAAUUCUAUUCACCAGCACCUGAGAUCUGACCGUCCCUGCACCUCCUCCCUUCCCCCGGUCCCUGGCCCCUAACCACGGACUGUCACCUGCUGAUGUACCUCUCAACCUCUGACACAGUUUCUAUAGGAACCCUCCUCCUGUCUAUAGGAAGCCCCCUCCUCUCUGAAUGCCAUUAGUUCCUUAUAGGGACCCCUGUGGUCUAAGGAGAGAGGGGGAGAAGGUUUUUUGCCCUCUGAAGCAAAGGAGGAACACAUCACUGACCAACCUUGAACGAAGAGACAAUUGGCAUUAUCAUAGGAUCUGGGCGUCACACAAUCCAAAACAGUGUUCUCUUUCCCUGUAGCUUUAAGCUCAUCUAAAAUGGGAAUGCACACAAUAGGUGUGUACCAUUCAGAGCCGGGCACCAGGAAAUCGUUUUUAAAAUCCUAUAGCGUCUGGAGUCAGAGUAUGUCAAUUAUUUAAUAUGCUUCAGUAGGUUUUUAAAUGACAGAUUUUUCAGAAAGAUAAAUAGUAGUAGAGUAAUUGAAUGGAGUACUUUGUUCUACUCUGUCUAGACCACAAGCAUCUCACACUUUAUUUCAUAUGUUCCUUCUGUCUCUAGGUGUUUCAUUAGAUAGGUCUAGGGCAUAAUAUAGGACAUAGGAAAGAUUUCAGUUAUUGUGAUGACUUAUUGCAGUUACAUUUUACAAGUCUCAGUUUAUUUUGUUUAUGAUAGACCAAGGAAGAACACAUAUCUGUUUCAGUUGUGUAUUAUACGAUAGGUCUCCAUGGUGAUUUCCCCCUGGGAAAAGCCACUAAAACAGUCACCUCAACCACAUACGUCCUUAUGCAGUUUCUCCAUAUGUAACCACGAUGGAGCUACAGAUGGAGAGCGCCAGACCAGACACAACAGAUUAUUUACCGGCUUCACACUUUGUAGUCUUAAAUCUAUUUUUUUAACAGUUAUAUUUCUAAGACUUUAAGUCAAUCAAAUUUAAAUUGAAACUAAAUACACCUCUCUGAGAUGUUUUGCCAAAUUUUUAUUUACUCUGCAGAUUUGUUUUUAUUGUUUUAAGUUUCUACUGUUUUUCAUUCGUUUUUACCGUCUGUUUCUUUCAAUGGCAUUGUGAUCUUGUUAUUCAGAUGGGGGUGAAUCCUGACUUCCACUUUGAGACUCCCAUUGACGUUAAUAUAUGACUAUGUGAAAAUUCUACUUAAGUGAAAGUUUUACUUAAUAAAUGAAAGUUAGGUUUCUCCCCAUUGUCAGUCAAGAAUUGAGCCAUAGAUCUCGAUGGUCCGUGGUCUGAAAUCUAGCGGUGCUAAUAAUGAUAAUGAAUUAUCCACUGAAAUACAGUUGUUGAGAAAUAAGACACUGGCAGUUUAUUAGAAAGAAAAAUAACCUUUAGUCUGCCAGAUUUUUUGCAAACAAUCAAAAUUUAUAUUAAGGUCAUUGAGCUUAAUUUUGAAUUGAAAGGCCAUUGUUUUUGCUGUGUGUGUGUGUGUUAGUUAGGGCAUUGGGCCACAGACCACAGAAUGAUUGCCAUUACAUACAUGCACUCAUUGGCUAUAUCCUUUUUUCAGCCUGGUCCACAUCAAACAUCUUUGUUGAUGAGUUUGCUGCUUCUUAUCUUCAGAUGACAGCAUACUGUUUGUUGGGUUCAUGUGUCGUCACGGUAAUAACCAGAUACUGCCUCAUGGAGAUUCUCACUCUAGUAGAGAAAUUCAUUAAAUUGCAGUUGAUGUUAUGUUUUUUAAAUGUUAAACGGACCACUUACCUCCUUGAGAUUACAUUUUCCGCAUGACAGAAUGGUUGAAUAGGCGUGUCCCAAAUGGCACCCUUUUCCCUAUAUAGUGCUCUAUGGUCACUGGUCAAAAGUACUGCACUAUUAAGGGAGUAGAAUGCCAUUUGGGACACAGACUAGGCCUAAUGGAGGACAGAGAGGGAAACAGAAAGAGGACAAAGACGUCAAUACCUCAGUAAUCUAGUUAAAUAUGUUGGCAUUCUUCAAAUCAUGACAUCAUACUUCCAAGUGAAAUGAAGAGGUUGCUAUUUUAUUUUACUACAGCUGUUAGCUUCAGCGCCACGGAGCUGAACAUACUGCCAAAAACCCUAUUCUCAAACUACAAUGCUUCACUCCACCUGUGUGUGUGUCUGUCUGUGCGUUCACUGUGUGUGUGUCUAUCUGUGUGUGUGCACUCAGAUUUAUGAGAUUUGCCUUCCCUCUCCCACAUCUGGCUGUGAUCCAUACUUUUUAAACUCUUUAUUUUUCCUUCCUGCUGCUCUAAAUGUCAUUCCCUCUGACAGUUCAGUCCCUGCCAUAUGAUAUAGAUAUGAUCAUUAUGGUCCUUGCCUCCUUUAAGGCUGCAGACUGAGUGGACUACUCUGACUGUUACCUCAUUAAGUUCCUCCGUCUCUUCUCUCUUCUGUUGAUCUCACCUCCAUGCUGCUCCUAUAUCUCCUACAGCUGUUCUGAGAGCCCUCUAGCUCACCAUGCAUUAUCAUCCUUAGGCUAUAGAUGGAAAGAGGAAACCUUGUUUGAUCAGCAAGCUGUAAUACAAAAUGUACUUUUUGAUAAUUAAUUUUGAUCGUUCUCCUAUAGUUGGUCAGAGAGCUUGCUGGCUCUAGCCUGGUUAAACCAGAUUCAACCAUUGUGAGUGCAGCAUUCAGUCUGGUCUACCAGGCUAUGCUCCUGUCUCACCAAGCAUCCUUAUACUGUAGAGAUGCAGAGUAAACUGUUCUGUUUGCUCGAUGUAAGCAAACACUACAAGAUGUACUUUUGAUCAUUCUCUUGUUUAGUUUGGCACGUGCCAUUGUUCUGUUUGUGUUUUGAUGAGAUGGGGUAUUGAGAUAUUAGAUUUUUAACUACUGAGAUAGAAACACAUUUGGACAGGAGUGGUUAAUGACUGAUAGUGAAACAUGCAGCCUUCAUGGUGUUGUUUGCUUCACCAGUGUUUGGCUAUUCAAAGUCCUGUUGUCUUUGCAGCCUUGGUGGCCCAGCGGGGACAGUGUUUUCUGAGUGGGCACUAGUGCAGAUUGCACCCUAAAUGUCUAGGCCCAGUACCAGUUCAAGGAACGGUCACAGAUGGGGUCACAUAGGCUUACAUGUACACUAUGAGAGUAGAAUCUCAUCAUAAAUCUACAUAUUUACACAGCUUAAAUAACUACAUUUUUUAAAUUUUAUGUUUCCUAAUAUUGUUGAUAUUUUAAUUGUAUCUCACCCUAUAGCAGCCAUAGCAUUCUGAACCCGAGUGAUCUUUUGGGAGUUUUCUCCCAUUUUCCUUUGUUAAGAUGUCAUUUUUUUGUCCAAUCCAGCCCAGUGUGUGUUAGACAGGGCUGUCAGAUAAGGUCAGAUGCAGUCCUCUUUGUAUUACAUCAUUGGGCUGGUGUACACCAUGUCCCUGUCCCAAAUGGAACCCUAUUCCCUAUAUAGCGGACUGCAUUUGACCAGAGUCCUAUAGACCUAGGCAAUUUUUUAAUUAUACAAUCUAUAGGGAAUAGGGUGCCAUUUUGGACGUAUCCCUUGUCUUUAUACUUCUGACCCCACUUAUCUACCCUACCUACAGUCUCUUCUUCUAUAGCUUUUGCUGUAUCACCCAUAGACUGUACAUCACCCUGACUGUAUCACCUGUAGACUGUACAUCACCCUGACUGUAUCACCUGUAGACUGUACAUCCCCCUGACUGUAUCACCUGUAGACUGUACAUCACCCUGACUGUAUCACCUGUAGACUGUACAUCCCCCUGACUGUAUCACCUGUAGACUGUACAUCACCCUGGCUGUAUCACCUGUAGACUGUACAUCACCCUGACUGUAUCACCUGUAGACUGUACAUCACCCUGACUGUAUCACCUGUAGACUGUACAUCACCCUGACUGUAUCACCUGUAGACUGUACAUCCCCCUGACUGUAUCACCUGUAGACUAUCAUCACCAUGACUGCUGCUCUUGUUUAAUCGUUUAACUAAUCUCUCCCUCUGUUAUCUUUUGCACAUGUUUCUGCCUAAAUUUCCAUCACAACUCUCACCUCAGAUUCUCUACCAACUGUCAACAAUCUGUUCCUGAACCUCAACUUUUCAGAUAUAUAUUUUUAGUUGUAUUUUUUCAAUAAAUGUUAUAACAAUAGGAAUCACAAGGUUUGAAAUUAAGACUUAUGCUGCUAGAUAAAUGUAAUUUUUUUGGUGAAGUUAUUUUGGAUCUGUAGUAAAACACAAUUUGUUAUUGUUUUGUAUUAAACCAACAAUAAAUGUUUAAUAUGA